AUAAAAUAUAUUAUUAUUAUAAAGGCUGUUGGCUAAUCAUCAUCUCUCUUAUCAUUAAUUUAUUGGUAACAUGUUGAACAAAUUUUAAAAUGUGAGCAAUGUUUUCAUUUGCAUGAUCAACUAAUUAUGGCUGAUGAACAAAAACGUUUGAAAAUUCUAUUCCAUUCAAUCGAAUCGAUUGGCCAUAUAAAUGCCUGUAUUGGACUUGGUCAAGCAUUAACUGAAAAUGGACAUUAUUGUAUUUAUUUUACUCGAACUAAAUAUGCUGGAAAUUAUUCGAAAUUUGGUUUCAAAGAAUUACUACUCAUUACUAAAGAUGAUGAUGAAAAGUCCGAAAAUAACAAAACAAAUCAUCCAAGUGCCAAUGACGAAUGGAUUAUUCAACAUAUGAUCACUUCAGGUGUUCUAUCAUCACGAUCAUCAUUGGAAAAAUUAGAUCUUUAUGAUCGCCAUAAAACUGAAGAUUAUUAUGUAAAAAAUUUGGCUAUCAAUAUGAUCAAAUUGCAUGAUCAGAUCGCUCGAAUGAUCGACGAAGAAAAACCUGAUUUAAUUAUUGUCGACCAUAUGCUUGUUGCACCAUGUAUUGCAUACGGAAAAAUUCCCUGGGCUUUUCAAUGGAGUUCCAAUCCAAUUCCGUUGUAUCGAUCAAAAGAACUUCCACCACCUUUUUCUGGAUAUCCAAUCGACGACCGUAGUGAAUGGACCGAAUUUGUUAAAAUUUAUGAAACUUCAACUAAACCAAGUCUUCAAUAUUAUCAGAACUUGUUGAAUCACGAAUGUGGCUAUCCAGAAACAGUUGAUCCCGAACAAUUUCUAUUUCUAUCACCAUAUUUUAAUAUUUAUGGUUUUCCAUUGGAAUUGGAUUAUAUGGAUAUCGUAAAAUUGCCAGAUAAUUUUAUUCGAUUAGAUGCAUUUUGUCGAUAUGAAAUCGAACAAUUUGAAUUUCCCGAUGAAUUUCGUAGUAAAAUUCAACCUAAAGAUAAACUAAUUUAUCUAUCACUAGGUUCGCUUGGAAGUUGUCAUGUUGAAUUGAUGAAUCGAUUGAUAAAUGAAUUGUCACGAGCUGUACAUACAAAAUGUAUUGUUUCAAUGGGACCAUUACAUGAACGAAUUCAGUUGGCUGACAAUAUGUGGGGCAAACCUUAUCUACCGCAACCAAAAAUUUUACCAUUAGUCGAUUUGGUCAUCACACAUGGUGGUAAUAAUACAAUUACUGAAACUUGUAUGGCUGGAAAACCAAUGAUUGUCAUUCCAUUGUUUGUCGAUCAAUAUGAUAAUGCACAACGUAUCCAGGACAAAGGCUAUGGAUAUCGAUUAGAUCAAAAUCAAUCGAACGAAACCGAAUUGUUAACAAUGAUUGCAGCCAUUUUCAGUGAUUAUCAAAUGCAAAAACGUUGUACACUAAUUAGUGAACGUUUACGGUGUUCAAAAUCGAAACAAAAAAAAGCUUGUGAAAAAAUUGAACAAUUUGUAAUGCAAUUCAAAUCAGAAUGAUAGUUUUAUCAUAUCAAUGAUAAUGAUAACUAUUUUCUUGGAUAAAACUUUUUGAUACAUGUUUCA